AUGACAAUAAAGUCCAGUUUUAACUCACUACUCAUUGCAAUCGUACCUAACUGCGAACUCGAAAGUUUAUACAUUAUACUAGUUAUUAUAGCAUUCUUUCAUGCCUUUUCAAAGAAUGGCAUACGCGGCCUGAAUAAGUACAGACUGAUCACUCGCUUCGGGAUUCAAGUGGUUGACAAGUUGGUCCUGCUUUACUUGCAUCAGUGGAGUCUUCAAGCGGUGCUUCUCAGCAUGCUUCUAUUAUUCUUGCAUCCCACACAUUGGAUUAUACGUCAGCGUUUGAUCAGGUACUCCCAUUCUCCAGAUAAGACAUUCUUUUAUAAUCUGAAGGUUGCAAUUGUACUGCUGAUGUUGAUUGCAUGCGAUAUUUUUGUGACUGUUGGCCCUUUGCUGUUCUGGCCCCUAAAUGAGCUGCACUGGAUCUUCAUGAUUGAGGCGGUUAUGCUUUUCGCGAAUGUGCAACAAACUGUGAUGCUAUACAUCAUAUCCUGGGGCUCUUGGGACAUGUUGAAGGUCCCCGCCGUCUUUCUCGAUCUACGCAUGCCCGUCUAUAUGCCACUCGCAAUGGACUUCUGCGAGCUUUUGUGCUCGCUAAUGAUAUGUUUCCUCAGUUGGCCAGCUGUGUGCUUGGGAAAUUUUCUGGGAAGUUUGAAACGGCUCUGUCUUAGUUGCACACGCGCCAAAAAACUUCACGAUCAGCGCCAUCGCAUCGUCAUCUCCUGCCUUAAUGUGCAAAAGUUUGAAUUGGUGUGCGUUGUCGACAAUUGUACAAUGUGCUUAGAGAGUGUGAAUGACGAACGUUCGAAAGUACUUCGUCUACCAUGUGGCCACUUCUUUCACGAGAAAUGCAUAGUGCCCUGGCUGAUGCAGGACCUCUGGUGCCCGAAUUGUCGGGAUGAAGUGCCUCUAAAGAUUAAGCUGAACGAAAAUCAUGGUUGGAAAUGGGAAAUAUUGCAUGCAGUCACUUCGACAGACAUUGAAGAUUAUAUGGUUAUGGUCAAUUAUCCGCACCAUCCAUAUGAACGUGAUCCACUACCAUCCUAUUUGCGACGCAUGGCGGAGCUAAAACGCAAGAAACUCAAUAGCAACAUAAUUGUAAUCGUGUUACGUAUUAUUUGGCACACAACUCAAAACGUAUUUAAGUACUUUUAA